GAUCGAAACGUGCUAUUCAAUAUAGGGGUAACUUCCCUGUCGCUGUGGUAACGGAAACAAGUUCAUUCCUUCAAAACAAUUUUGUUCUCCUUGCACCAUCCUUCGCAGCCAUAGUCAAAUUGUACACAGUUUUAUCAAUUUUAUUAAUCAUCAUUUACCCGACACCGAGCAACGGAGUGGACGCGAUUUUAACUAAUGGCUGAUUAUCUGUCAUCUUACUCGAGCAGCAAAAUAGCUCACGUAGCCAGAGAGAAGGAGGAAAAACGUUCCCAAGAGAGGCGGAGAAGUCUGAUGUAUCUGAUCGCGGAGUUUCUGCGGGAACAAGGAUGUAUAGAUACGGUCGAAUCGCUGGUCAAAGAGGCUCAACUCUCGGGAGACUAUCAAGUCUGCGACAACAUCGAUUUGGAUACUGUUCUCGUUGAAUUUUCGGACUACCAUUAUGCCAAGUACAACAAAUACCCAAAGAUAUGUAAAAAAGUUGAGGGAAUAGCCUGCAAUAACGCUGUUAACAUUAAUCCGAUUAAGAAGGAGAAGAUCAAUAAAAACUUUCGGAAACCAUCAGACGUGCAGCCAACCGAGCUGUCCAAAAGUAAACCCUUACCGAAAGUGAAUAAUUUGCAAGCUGCGGCUGAGCCAAACUUCGGUAUCACUGUGACCCCAGUCUUCCAAUGUCCUGAAAAUGCAGAACAUGUUAAUGUAUCGGUCGUCAACGAGGAUGCCGCACACUUUACCAAAGAACGAAUCCUGAAACCUAUUGGUAACUUGUAUCAGCUCGGCACAGAAUGGAGGGAUAUGGCGGAUACGAUAUCCAGGGAUAUCGUAAUGACGGACUUGAACGUUCAUUGGGACGACAUCGAAGGCUUGAAGGAGUGCAAGAGUUUACUGAAAGAGGCUACGGUGUACCCAAUGAAAUAUCCCGAGCUUUUUGGGGGCAAGCUAGCUCCAUGGCAAGGAAUCCUUUUAUACGGCCCUCCAGGAACCGGUAAAACUAUGCUGGCUAAAGCUGUUGCUACUGAGUGCAAGACUACAUUUUUCAACAUUUCGUCAACUUCAAUCAUCAGCAAAUGGAGAGGAGACUCGGAAAAGCUAGUUCGAAUCCUUUUCGACCUCGCAGAACAUCAUGCCCCAGCGGUAAUAUUCAUCGACGAAGCUGACUGGGUGGCUGGUAGUCACGCGGAUGUGACAUCCUUGAAGUGCUCGGACCCAGCCAGACGUUUCCGAGCAGAACUGCUGGCCAGAAUGGACGGACUUGUUUCAUCGAAGAGUCAAAUUCUACUUCUGGCUGCCACAAAUUCACCCUGGGAACUGGAUGCCGCGCUUCUUCGUCGACUUGAGAAACGGAUUCUCGUUGACCUACCGGAUGUGAAAAGUCGUUUUGAAUUUCUUCGAUCAUACGUCCACAUCGACCUCCUUCAAGACAAAGACUUUUUCGAACUGGUACAAAAAACCGAGGGUUACUCCUGCGCCGACUUAAAGUUGAUAUGUAAAGAGGCAUGGAUGAUGCAGUUACGCCCGAUUUGGCAAAUGCUUGAGGAAAACAAAAUCGUACGCGGGGAAGUUGGAAAAAUUCAUCAUGGGGCCAUUAGUAAAUUGAACUACCUCCAGAUAGCUUUAGAUCGAAUUAAGCCCACAGCGAAGCACAUUGCGAACAUGUACAAGCAGUGGAAGGAAAAAUUUGGUGCAUCCUAAUUAUAAUAAUGUUCUAAACUGACCAAACAGAGUACUUUGGGGUCAAGCGUAUAUUGAUCGAAGGUAAACAUUCACAUGUUCACUUGUUUACUGCGUCGAAAAGUGGAAUAUGAAUACUACAAAGUAGAAAACCAAGUAAACCCACCGCACAGAAGACGAAAAUGCACUCUGAUGGAAUUGAUAUUACGCAACUUCGAAAUAAUUAUAUUAUCAUGCAUAUUCAAUAGAAUCCGUGUAACAUGGAGCCUGAAUAAGACGUGACCAUUUUAAAAUUGAACUUUAAAAGUAAAAAAAAUAUAUGUACACCUACGCAAUUUCUAUAAAGUUGACACUUCG